ACCGAAACUUUGGCAUCAUUUUGUCUCUACCAAAAAGAAAUCCGCCGAGAAUCCAAAGACCACGUCUCAUGCACUUUUACGGUCUGAGCUUUCCCUCCAAUUAUAAGCUACGCUCCAAUUAAAAACAGUAACGAAGAAGCAAACAAAAGAAAAAGAUGGGGAAUUGCGUGUUCGGAGGAGCAGCCGGCCGCGGAGAUGCGGGAAACGGGGACGUCGUUAGGGUGAUGACGUCCACCAACGGCGUCAUGGAGUUUUACGCGCCAGUCACGGUGGAGUCCAUCGCCGACGAGUUUCCCGGCCACGGCAUCUUCCGGCGACACGACCUGUUCUGGAAUCCAUUGCCGCACCACGAAGUUCUGGCUCCCCGGAAUUCCUAUUACCUCCUCCCGCUCGACAAGACCCCGCACCCGAAACAGGAGGAGCUUUCUGUUGCUUCCUACAGAAUGUCGUUCGGCAGCCGCCGGGGGAUACUACUCAAGAACUCCAAUCCCGGCGGCGCGUCGUCGAUCUCCGGCGGGAAAGGGCGACGGGAGGGCGGAUUGGGGUGCAGUCUAUUUUGGAAAGUGAAGCUAGUGAUCAGCCGCAAACAGUUGUUGGAGAUUCUGUCGCACGAGUCCGCCACUGAGGAGCUGAUCGAGAGCGUGAGGACGGUCGCUAAAUGCGGGAAGGGCGGCGGCGGUGGGGCUGGAGUUUCUUCCUCCGUGGCGGCGUUCUCCGACCAAUGGAGUCUCUCCAGUAGUAGAAAUGGUUCCUCUAAGAAAGAUUAUUGUUCAUCUUUGCAAGCUAAAACAUAGAUCCAAUAUGUUGUUCCAUAAAUGCAAAGUCAGAUU